UUCUAUACUGAUGUUGAAUCUCAUAUUUAAAAAGAACUGUAUGCAUGAUCUCAAAAUAUGUGAUAUGAUAUGUUCUUUCAACGUACAGCAGAUGUACAUUGUACUUUAAUUUCUGUGGAAAGCUGAAAGGUGACAGAAGAAAAUUGUCAUCAAGAUAGUUCCUUAUUUCACCAUUUUAUACUACAUGGAAUUGGUCAAUACAUAUGGUAUUAUAACAUGUAUAUUUACACUAGCCAGUGUUUCCUCUGGCCCUGACAACGGUACCAUCUGUCUGGAGGAGGACUCCGCGGCCUGACAUGUUGAUUUCCUCUGAUCUGGCCCAGAUCUUGGUGACAUUCUGCUAUUUUGACAUUCAGAAAAGAUGGAAUGCCAAUUCAAGGCAGAGAGCACUUUUCCAACAGCUUCAGAGAUAACGGAGUUAGCUAGACAACAGCUCACAACAGAACUGAUGUCUUCUGUUCCAGAGGAUAAGACAGAUACAGAUCAGACUUCUUCAACUGAAAAACCAACUGUUAGCAAAGAGGCUGCCAAAUCAGACAAUAAAGAAUUUGUUUGUGAAAUCUGUGGUAAGUUCUUUGCUACUCAAAGGAAACGUAAACUUCACCUGAAGACCCACUCUACAGAGAAACCAUACAAAUGUGGGGUGUGUGGUAAUGGGUUCAAGUCCUCAGGAGACCUAAAAAAACAUCUCAUGAUUCACACCGGCGAACGACCAUUCACCUGUCAGAUCUGUGGGAACAGCUUCUCCAGGAAGGGUACUUUACAGAGUCAUGAAUUAACCCACGGAACUUAUAGGGCAUACAAGUGUGAGGUUUGUGGUCGGGGAUUUGGACAGAAAAGGGCAUUGGAGGUACACACCAGAAUUCAUACUGGGGAGAUGCCGUUCAAGUGUGACAUUUGUGGGAAGGGAUUCAGACAGUCGGAGUGUAUGAAGCGGCAUCUCAUGAUCCAUACUGGAGAACGUCCUUAUGAUUGCGAUAUAUGUGGGAAGAGUUUCACACAGGCAGGACACAUACGGUCUCACCGUAGGAUACAUACAGGCGAAAAACCAUAUCAUUGUGAACACUGUGGUAGAGGAUUCAACCAUAAAGAUGGAUUGAAGCGCCAUGUCCGAAUUCACACGGGGGAGAAACCGUAUGAAUGUCAUAUUUGUGGACGAGCGUUCACUCAAACAGGGAGUCUGAACACACAUUUCAAGGUUCACAAUAAACCCUCUAAACCAGAUGUACUUGUACCGGUAAUGUUCAUACAAAAGGAAUGUACUUAGAUAUAUGUAAGACAAAAAAUAUACUGCCCUCAAUAACUCUGUGACAUUUUUCAGACAAAAUAAUUGAAAAUUCAGCAGAACUAAUUUCUAAAAAAAAUCAUAAAUUUUAUUUUGUGGUCUGUUUAUUUGAAACCAAAUUUAAAAGAAAAGACACUAUUUUUUAGCAAUCACAAGCAACUACCCGGGUACACAUAGCAAUGGUCACCAACCAAUAGCAAUAUUUUCAGAUUUUAGUUUAUUAGUUACUAUGUAUGCUACUUGUGAGCUAAUGCAGUUAUGUUUGUGUUAAUGGCUUUGACAUCAUAUACGACAAGACUUGAAAGUUUUAGGGGUAUGUAUCUCUGGUAUAAACAUCCUACACCCCUAUCAUUAGAGGUCUAAGAUCAAUUGUUAUGCCAAUUUAAUGUAAAAAUUAUUAGAUUAAAGAAAAAUAAACAAUUUUUGAUACUU